AUGCAGGCAGCCCGGCGGGGAGGAGGCCGCCAGGGAGAGCCGUUCAGCUCCUCGGCUCCCACCGGCUGCCAGCCUGGCUGCCGCAGCCACGCUGCCUUGGCAGAACUGACCCUUGGCUGCCUGGGAGUGGACCGGGCUGCAGGCAGUUGCACCACACCGGACUCCUCCGGCCGUGAAGAAGAUCCAGGCCCCAGCAACAGAGAAAAUUCCCAUAUAGAAGAACACCAUUUAGGCCUUCAGGGUGUGCCGGUGGCCUACGACAACAUCAGAGUGGUGGGUGAGCUCGGGGACAUUUACGACGACCAAGGAUUCAUCCACCUGAACGUCGAGGCGGACUUCGUCAUCUUCAGCCCCAAGAAAGGGAAAAAACUGGUGGGUGUAAUUAAUAAAGUGGCCCCUAGUCAUAUUGGCUGCCUGAUACAUGGAUGCUUCAAUGCUUCUAUCCCUAAACCUGAACAAAUGUCGAUUGUACAGUGGCAAGACCUGGGGUUAAAAAUAGGGGACGAACUCAAAUUUCAAGUAUUGCACUUGGAUUCUGAUGCAGCUGGGGUGUUCUUUAUUCGAGGGGGACUCACUAAAAGGAGCAUGAAGCCCAAACGAUCUGAGACUGUCACUGACAGUACAAAUGGAGAUGAAAUUCAAAAGCUUGACCACCAGGAAAAUGACUUGAAUGACUCUGGGGGAGAUAAUGUCACAGAGGAGCCUCUGGGUGAGACGGAUAACACCAGGAGGGAAAAUGGAGAAGAGCGAAGUGUUGAUGCUGUGAAUGGAUUGUGCGAUGAUAAAAACAAGAAGAAGAAAAAGAAAAAGCAUAAGCAAGAAGAACAGGAACAUGUAUUGCCUACCAGUGACUCCAGUGGUUACCAAAGUGACCAUAAAAAGUCAAAGAAAAAGAAAAGAAAGCAUUGUGAUGAAGUUGAAGAAAGUGAAUUAUCUCAGCUGUCACAAGAACCCAAAGCUAAAAAGAAAAGAGACUAAAGUCUGAAGUGCCUUUCCUGAAUAAGAUUUCGAAUGUUUUUGAUAA